UUUGAAAAGUUCAGAGUAGAAAUCAGCUGUAUGUUAAAUGCCAGUGUUUAUUAAUCGGAGUGUAAUAAUGUAAUUCACCAGCUUCCAAUAUUUCCCACACAGUAUAAAAUAUCCCCUUCAGCCACGAUUGCUCUAUUUCCUUUGUAGAAUUUUUCUAAACAGUUUGUGUGAACUCUAUAGGGUUCAAGAAAUUGCCCUGCCAAAACUGUGCUUGAGAGUUAACCCUAACUGGGGCUGACAGACACACUCACCUCCAAAUGUUCUCGAUCGCUUUGCUGAAGGAAAUAGAUCUGAUUUGAAAUCACUUUCAGUUCUAUCCCUGUGAAAUGUGGCUUUAUCUAGAGCCUGAUCUGUUUUUGUCUCACAGAUUCAUGGCAGGUGGGUGGCAGGUGCUAUUGGCCUGUUUAUUCUGUCAGUUGCCUUGGUGCACCCGUUCCUUGAUAAACAACAGAUGACCUGCUUGCAAACAUAUCAGAAGAAAGACCUUUCUGUUUGGUGGUACAGCCAACAAUGUGGGUGUCCUGACUAUGUGCAGAGAACUGCAGUGUUUGCAUAAACAUAGGCAGGUCAGCAACGUGAGCUUCUUCAUCUUCUCCCCGAUCAUGAUGUACCUGCUGCACCCCUACGCCCGGGAGAGGACCAGGGCAGUGCACCUCGUCUGGCUCAUGAUGAUGGUCGUAGGUGUGUUCUCCGCAUACUAUCACAUGACUCUCAGCUACAUGGGUCAGAUGCUGGACGAGCUCUCCAUCCUUUGGGUCCUAGCCAUUGGCUACACACUGUGGUUUCCACGGCGACUCUUCCCAGCAUUCAUUAGGAGCAGGAGUCAGUUUGCAUGCCUGAUGUUUUUGGCAGCCACCAUCAGCACUCUGUCCUCCUUUGCCAAGCCCACCAUCAACGCUUACGCACUCAACUGCGUUUCUCUGCACAUUCUCUACAUCCUGCAGCUCGAGCUCAGGAGCUGCAGUGACCCGCGGAUCCACAGGCUCGCCCUGGUCACUGUGGCCUGGUGGGCUUUAGCCAUCUCCUGCUGGCUGAGUGACCGCCUGCUGUGCAGCUUCUGGAAGAGAAUCCACUUCUGCUACCUGCACAGCUUCUGGCACGUUCUCAUCUCGGUGGCCUCUGCUCACGGCUGUGCCCUCUUUGCGUACUUCGAUGCCCAGUCCGAGAUCCCAGAGGCCAAGCCUGAGCUGCGUUACUGGCCAGAGAACCGCUGGAACCUGGGAAUGCCCUACCUGUCUGUGAGGGAGGGGUCCACACAGCGGAAGCAGUGCUGAUCUUCCCUGCUGGGGGGGGGGCACACACACACUCACACACGCCCUGCCUGAUACAGAAGAGUCGGGCAAAACCAACCUCAUCUAAAGGGAGCGGCACACCGCUUUAAUUCUGUUUGGCUUUUGUGACUUGACUGAUAGUUGUCAUAAUAAGAAAGCUUUUAAUGCAGAAGUAUUUUUCUGGUUGCACCUGUGGAUUUGGAAAUAGACAACACUUAGCAACAAUCAAUUUGUAAAUAUUUUAAUGCGCUGAUUUAUUAUUAGUGAGAAGAAAAAAAAAAACAGAUUUGUACAGAUAAAUAUCAGAGAGCUUUAGAUUCUCAUUGUGAUUGAAAUACCGAUCAAUGUUUCAGGCUCUCACUUUGUACUGGCACAGCAAUGCGUGUGUGCGUUUCAUUUUUAAUACCACUAAUUAUUACUAUUAUUAUUAUUAUUAUUAUUAUUAUUAUUAUUAUUAUUAUUAUUAUUAUUAUUAUUAUUAUUAGAUGUCGUUUCAUCAUUUACAUGUAUUAUUUUUUAAGAACAGAACUGUGAUGUGUGUUGGUGGGAGCUGAUCUCUUUUUCUAUGUUAUUUAUCGGUGGAAAAUGUCACAAUAACAGAGAACCUCAGGACACUUACCACUGCUAAACCCUGGAAGCCUGUGCUAUAUGUUAUGCAGUCAUAGUGUUUUAUUGUAUUUGGGUAGGAACAGCAGUUUUACCUUCUCUACAGAAACAUUGAGUAUUACACAGUGGUCCUGGCUCGGCUGCACACAGUAUUGUAAUGGAGUGCCCAUGUGUGUGCUGGUGUGAAAACACUAGGGAGGGGCGAUACUCAGAAAAUGAUGUAAAUUAGCCAGGACCUUGUUCACUGUCCAGUUUGUUUGCAUAUACAUUUUCAACCUUGCCUUUGAACACAUGCUUGCAUCAGCCCUGUGCAUGCUUCUAUCACCGCUUACAGCAAUAGGAGGUUAUUAAUGACAUGUUCAAGCUGGAAGAAAGCACUGAUGCCAAUAUGAUGAAAACUGCACUGCAUUUUAUUCUGUGUCUCAAUGUCACAAAAGCUAAAGUAUUCAUUGAUAAGGCCUGUGUACAAAAUGUCACCACAGUGAAUGUAUUUCUGUAUUUUUAAAUACCGAGACACCAAGAAAACACAACUGACUUCUCACUGUGUCCACUGUUGUAACAUCUGAAAUAAAAAAAAAACAUUUUUAAUACAAAGCU